AGUCAUGUUUAUAGUGAUGGUGGGGAAGGAUACGCAGCUUUAAUUUCAAAAUAUUACGUAUUUUUCAUAAUAUAUAUUAUGUUAGAAUUGUACAAUUUGCUCAUAAGCUGCAAGAUUUGCUUUUAUUGUUGAUAAAUCAAUGAAUAAUUACAGAUCACCUGCCCAUCAUCUAUAAUGACCAACCAAAAGAUCUAUCUUGUUCUUGCUGGACUAUUUUGGUUAACAAACUCAGAGUAUAUUCCACCGGGGCCAGCAUAUCCAUGUCCAAAAGCAUCCGAGAGCCAUUUGUUGUACCCUUGUGUUUGUCAAAAGGGAACGGAUUUAGGGCUACACAUAAGAUGUGAAAAUGUAGGGCUUGCAGUUUUGAGUGUGGGGCUGGGCAACAUUGCUGGGUUGGGGUUGCCCAUUGAACAACUAGAGUUGCACGACUGUAAAAUAACAAACCUCUUCGGAUCGCUGUUCCACAGAUCAACAGUCAGGGUACUGCAUAUCGUUGACACACCCAUCAAAACAAUCGACGAGUUUGCCUUCGCGGGAGUGAACAGGACAUUGCAAGAGAUUUACAUACGUAACACAAAAAUAUCACAAUUUCCAAAGGAUGCUUUCAAGAUCAUGGGGAAUCUGUCAAUAUUGUCCAUAGACGGGCAUCAGAUGAAGUCACUUGAUAAGGACAUCUUUGGAAGCAGUGAAGCUGCCGGCAGUUUACUGCGGCUCCAUCUCGUCAAUGGUCAUUUAUCUGAUAUACCAGUUGAAGCAUUUCAGAAUCUUAAAAAGUUACGAACGUUGGACCUGCAUGGCAACAGGUUGGCCAAUUUGAAACGCAACCAGUUCAAGGGAAUGCGUGCCUUAGACGUGCUGGAUUUAAGUUACAACAACAUCACGAAGCUGGACGGCAGCCACAUCGGCGACCUCACCAAUUUGGGCUGGUGCAACGCCAGCCACAACCUUAUAGCGGACAUACCUAGGGGCAUGUUCGCGAGGAACGCAGUCAUCAAGGUGGUCCACCUGGACAACAACAAGCUGAAGAAAUUGGACACGAACAGCUUCAAGGGCAUGAGAUUCCUGCGGCGCCUGUACCUGCAGGACAACCAGAUCUCGGACGUGGGCCGCGGCACCUUCUCCGCGGUUACGCGCAUCGGCACAGUCGAUCUUGCUCGCAACUAUAUCAAGAAAGUCGACUUCCAGAUGUUCCAGACAGUCAAGUACGCAGAGAUAAUAAACUUGGCGGAGAACAACAUAACGGUGAUCGACAAGCAGGCCUUCACGGACCUGUACCAGGCUGUCGUGAACAUCUCCCACAACCAGCUGACGAAGAUCGAGGCCGGCGCCUUCCAGAACUGCAACAACCUCACCGCGCUGGACCUCAGCCACAACCAGCUGACCAACAUCACUCGGUUCGCCUUCGACGAGAACAGUUACGCCUCGCAUUUCGACGUCUCUUACAACCGCUUCACGGACUUUAACCAGAUUCCAAUACACAACAUGACGGGCAUCACGGUGCUGAACGCAACCUUCAACAACCUCACGGAGAUUCCUAAACUAGCGUUCCCCAAGUUGUACGAGCUGCACACUGUGGACUUGUCCCACAAUAAUAUCUCCGAGAUAGGGAAUGCGGUGUUCCAGAACCUGUUCUCACUAAGAUACCUGAACCUGUCGCACAACUCGCUGGAACGCAUCAAGCCUGCAUCGUUCGGGUCGGUGCCGACGGUGCUGGAUCUGGAUCUGUCGCAUAACUUGUUGCGUGACAUAUCGCGCGGCGCGCUCGCCAAGUUGGCCAGUUGCCGGACCAUCGACGUCUCGCACAACCAGCUCGACCGGAUCUUCCAGAUUCCCAUUAGUUUGGCCGAGCUGAAGUUCUCGCAUAACCUUGUGUCGGAGGUUCGCAGCAACACGUGGCCCAGCAUGAACGCGCUGCUGCGUCUGGACCUGGCGUACAACUCGCUGGCCGACUCCCUGCAGGCGGACUCGUUCAGCUCGCUGCUGACGCUGCAGCAGUUGCAGCUUUCCGCCAACGGACUCACUAAACCCCCGUGGGAAGCCCUCAACACGCUUACCAGCCUGCAGUAUUUGCAUCUGCAGUAUAACAACAUCACUUCCCUGUCGAAGUCCGCAUUCGGGAACCUGCCCACUACGUUCAUGGUGGACCUGUCGUACAACCAGCUGAGCAGCAUCGCGCCGCGCAGCUUCCAGGGCCUCCAGCAGCUGCUGCAGCUCUCGCUCAGCCAUAACCAGCUCGCCCACAUCCCCAACGAAGCGUUCAAGGGACUGGUCGCUUUGAGGGAGCUGGAUCUAUCUCACAACAACCUGGAGAAGAUUGACAACAAGACUAACGGCUUACUAGACGACUGCCUCUCCUUGGAGAAGGUAAACUUGAGCUACAACAGGUUCGGCUUCCUGUCCAAGAAGAUGUUCCCGUACAAUCCCUGGAUACCCUACAGACUGAUGGAGGUGGAUCUGAGCCACAACGAAAUCCCUGUCGUCACGUUCGACAUCACCUUCGGUACCAAGAAGCUCAAGAAGCUCAACUUGUCCGGGAACAUCAUUAACGACGUGAGGAAUAAUGUGCUGGGCAACUUGACAUCACUGGAAGUAAUCGAUCUUUCCAACAACCAGCUGAAGGAUUUAGUCUCUCGCACAUCCGAGACGAAGUUCAACUUGCCGGAGAAUAUCACCCACAUGUACCUACAAAACAACCAGCUGGAGAAGCUGCCCAUGGACAGCUUGGUCAAGGCUCACAGGUUGCGAGUGCUGGACGUAAGGAGCAAUGUGCUCACCAGCUUCCCGCCGGAGCUGGUGCGCAAGGUCAGGGAACAGGGGCUGCAGGUGUACUUUGAUGACAACCGUCUGAAUUGCGACUGCCUGGUGCGGCCGCUGAAGCACCACCUGAACCGUCUGCCGCGGCUGCAACAGCUGCAACAGCUGCAGGCGCUGCGCUGCGCGGAGCCGCCCGCUCUGCAGCUGCAGGCGCUGCUGCAGCUGGACGAGGAGCGCCUGCAGUGCGCCGCGCCGCCCCACCAGCCGCAGCUCGCCGACACGCUCUACAGCCUGGAUGCCGAGCCGGAUGUCGUAUUCAGGGAUAUACAGUACUCGCAGAGCUCUAUCUACAUCCACUGGUUCGUGUCUACCAACGAGGACGUGGCAGACUUCUUCGUUUUCAUACGAGACGACAAGAACACAAUGUACUUCAGUUCGGACGUCGCUUACCAGCUGCGUUCGCUCACAGUCCCCGUCGACGACAAUUUCCGCGUCGCAUUGCAAAAGGGCGGCCAUUUUGACGUUUGCAUCCAAGCCAAGAUGUCCGCGAACUUCGCGCGCAAAUGGUUUGAUAGCCAGUGUCAAACAGUUCCCGCCAACUUCGCGUCGUGGCCCAAGAAGCUCACAGUGGACAAAAGAAGACUGUCAUCAAAGAAGAGGGUUUCUUACAGCUGGUUCUCCAAUAACACCCUGGGUUUGGUCAGCGACUCCAUUCUGAUUACUCUGUGCAUAUUCCUCGGCGUUUGUUUCAGGCGGUUGUCCGAUUUAGAUAUUUGACAGCACAAACAAAUUCGUAAUUUAUUUAUUUAUGACCGUAAGGUUUACUUUCGUUUGUCUCUGUCAAAGUAUUUGACAGUUAUCAAACAGUAUGCUAUUGUUCUAUGAUUUAUUUAAAAAUGACAACAAAAUGAAACUAACCACAAAACCAAGGCCCAUAUUAAAGAAAAAAACAAACAAAAUCAAAUUAUUCUUGAAGAGAGUUUAUUUUCUGUACUUAAUUAGUUCUUUAAUGUCAAUGGUAUUUAUUUAUUCGAUAUGCAAUUAUUAUUAUCACAUGCGUGGUAGAGCCACGUUGCACCUAUAUUAUGAUUGUAGCACGAAAGGGUCAGCUCGAUCUGGGUGGGACCACGCUCUCACCAGCCAGCUUAAUGCUGCUGUGUUUCGUAUGGUGGGUGUAGAGGACUGGAGAUCCUUUACUGGUUACGAGGCAUUCCAUAUUAGUCCUCAAGAGUGACAAUGCAACUGUAUUUUGAUUCUUAACCGAGGAUAGACGCAGAUGUCUAUAGGCCACAGCAUCCACUCACAAUCAGGUGGACUGUGUGCUCGUUUGUCACGGUUAUUUUAUAAAAUAAUUAUGAUAGAAAUUUGACACAAAAAAUUAAAAUUAUUUUUGUCACAGUGUAAUCUUUAAUCUAUGAAGCAAUUUUGAAAACGGCAAUACUUAUCCGUGAAGAAAGCAAACAUACAAAAGUAUAACAACAUUUAUUUUGUAAAAAAUUAUUGUGCAAUUAAAAUUAUAUUGUACCUAUUUAACAUACUAUACAACUAAAAUAAAAAUAUAAAACUGUCGAUUUUGUGUUUGAAGUAUUUACAUAUGUACAUACGUAACUCUUAUUACAGUCCGGUAGUUCUUAUUAGAAUCUGAUAGUCGAUGUUUAUUUAAGCAAUGGGUGACGAGAUACGCAACAAAAACUCGGCUCUCUUUGUAAGUAUACUGUAACAAGUUUUGUUGGGGAUGAUAGCCGCCGAUGCAUCACACUAUAGCCGAGUCAGGAUUUUCUCUAAUUGUCAAUUUCUCCGCAGUGUCACAAAUAUGUAGGUUUUAGAUUUAUUUAUAAUAUUUCAAUGGAUGUCAACACUAUUUGUAUCUGAACAUUGGCUUUAAUUUUUAUACUCUGUUUGAAUCUCUUGUUGUGAUUUUUUAGUAUUUGUUUUUUAUAACUUCCAUUUUUUACAUUUCUACAAUUUGUUAUAAGCUAUAAGUGACAAUCAUUCCAAUUUUGCUCAAGAAUUUUGUUUAUAAAUAAAUAAGUAUAUUUUCUAAAUAUAUUUUUGAAAAGUCAAGAAUUAUAUUUAUACUAUUAGGUAUAUAGAAUUGAAUCCUUAUACUCAGUGUAAAUAAAAGAAAAUGAAGUCCGUCCGUUUAUACACAUUUAUUGUAAUAAAUAAAGUUACCUAUAUUUU